CCACCCAACAACCAGUAAUUGACGAAAUUACACAAGAAUCGGUAGUCAAGGGGCAAAAAUAAAAAAUGAUUAAAAGCAUCAAAUAAUUCUCCUGGAAAAUCUAAGUACCCCAGCCGAUAAUCCUUCCACAAUUCUCCAAUUUUAGCCUCACACGCACACGGUGGUUUCAGUCGGUUCCAAUUUCCAAGACGACGGCAACACCAAAAAAAGAAAAGUAAGAGAAGAUGGCAUCAGCGACAACAAGAGUGAUAUUUAGGGUAGUGGUGGGGAUUCUAGCCAUCCUCGUUCUCUUCUACGUGGGUCGUCCUCUCUACUGGAAAAUCUCCGCUACUGUUCAAGAGAUCCGCGAGAACAAACGCACCGUCAAACAAGGCAUUUCUCAGAUUGUCUUCGAAGCCCAGAAAUCAGUUGGCUGGUUUCACGAUGAGUCUGGUUCUGGAGCCCGCCAGAAUCGGCGAGUCAGGUCGCUCUUUUAAUUUUUAAACCCUUUUCUUUUAUUUUUUAAUUAGUGCUUAAUAAAUUAUUAUUAUUAUUAUGUGUAAGAUCUGCUUCUUUGGUGUACUGUAAUGGUUGGCGAAGGGUUCUAUUGAAAUGAUAAAAGAGUAACUGAAGUAAUUAGAAAUAAAUACAUCAAUAAAAUUAUCAGUGCUUGCUUUUGCUUGAUUUAA